AUGUGCUGGAGCAUUUUGCUGGGACUCUGUGUCCUCUACGACCUAAUGCUUCUUCCCCUCUACGUGUUCUUUGUGCCUUCAGGAGUGCUGCUCUCCAUGCUUGAGUGGUUCACGCACCUGGUGUGGAAUGUCGACAUUGCCGUGUCUGCACUCACAGGCUUCUACCUGAAAGGCUUGCUUGUGCUGGAGCCAAAACAAACCGUUCGCAAAUACGUCAAGUCCUGGAUGACGUUCGACGUAUUCCUUGUGCUGCUAGUGUGGGUCAACUUUGUCGUCGCCGUGGCUACACCCUCCGAAGCUGAGCAAGAAGAGCUGAUGGCCUGGGCACGCACCUUGCGAGCGCUUCGCUUUCUGAGAUUUGUGCGAAUCUUGCGCUGGCUAAAGCUUCGAAGGGUUGUGGAGACGCUUCAUCAAGUAGUGGGCUCUCCCGCAACUUCUUUGUACUUCAGCCUCUUUAGUAACGUGGCGCGGCUUCUGAUCCUGAAUCAUCUGGUGGCCUGCUGCUGGUUCGGUGUGACUCAUCUCAUGGAGGAUCCAACCUGGGUUUCUCUGAAUUCUGUUGGGCAAGAAUCUGUCGUGAACCAGUACUUGAAGUGCCUGAAUUGGUCGUUCGCACAGCUUGGUGUGGGCUCAACGAACAUUUUCCCAGCAAACGUGUUGGAGGAGGCUUAUUGCGUUCUCAUUGCAAUCAGAUCUCUGCUGACCUAUGCAACACUUGUUUCCUCCAUGACAAACUUGAUGACCGGGCUAAGCAAAAUCCGAGAGGGUGAGGAAACAGACUUCCGGCUGCUCUAUGCAUAUCUCAAGGUCAAUGAUAUCCCAGAGGUCUUGCGCAGGAGGGUUGCUCGCUUCGUGGAGCACCAAUAUCGCCUAAAAGCAGACAAGAAAGUUGGCGAUGUCGGAGACGUCCCCGUCCUCGGUCUAUUGUCAGCGCAGCUACGAGGCGAGCUGAUGUUAGCCAAGUAUCGCAAGUCUUUCUGCAAGAUUGCGUUGGUCCGGGACCUGUUUCAACUCGAGAAUGAAAAUGCUCAGGUUGUUCAGGUUCUGCAUCAUCUGGCCACAACAGCUGUGCGAGACACAUCUGUAGCCGCAGGAGACAUUGUCUUCUAUGCAGGCAAUGUUGGCAACGCUGCUUUUCAGAAGUUGUCUGGCGAUCUCCGAUACGUGCUGGAGGUGGACGAUGAAGUGAUUGCCAGCCCACUGUGGAUUGCAGAAGGCGAUCUCGUGGCUAAAGAAGUCUCGCGGCUGCUGGUCCUGGAUGCAGCAGCAUUCCGCCAAAGCAUUUGCCAAUGCCGGCUUACGCAGAAGGCGGCCUCGCAAUAUGCUCGGCAGUUUGUGAACCGAAUGGCGCAAGUGGAGGUGAUGACAGAUUUGCUGCACAAUCAUAACCAGGAUCCUGAGAUGGAAGAAGAGACCGCAAAGGACGACAUCUGGCCGAUCCGUGAGGUCCCAGCCUCUUCCGUGAGACGCCUGCCAGAGGAGUGGGUUCAGCUGCAGCUGCUGAUUUUCAGUCUGGAGGGCACCAACGACGACUUCAACCCACAAGUGGACGAGGCUGUGGAGGUCCUGCUGUCAGCGACAGAGUCGAACCCCAGUGGCUGGGCCUUAGGAAAAGUGAAGACGAUCAAGAAUUCCUUCUACUUCAUCACCUUCGAUCCAACGCAGAAGGGGAAGCAGGAUCUGAUCGUUGAGCGGAAAGCCCUGCGGCGCACUAGCUCCGAGCAGCAGUUGGACGUGUCCUCGAUGAUCCGAAAGCUGCUGCCAGUGGAUGCCGACCUGCAUGGGUGGAUUCGGUCUCAGGACUCGUCUGGCUGCCUGAACCACGUGCAGAAUAAAUGCAAUCUGCUGGUAGCAAACUGCACCAACGUGGAACUUGGCAGCUCCAAGGAUCCAGAGGUGCUGCUCAUUGGGGGCGAGCGCGAGAUCCGGCUUGGGGUGCUGCUUUUGGAGCAGAUCCACUUCAAGUACCAGAUCCAAAUGCAGAGGUUCCACGAGCAUCGCGAGCAGCUCAUGGAGCGGUUGACAGUGGCAAAGCAGUGGCAUUCAGCGCAGCAUCAAGAGGUUUUUGAAGUCGACCAAAACAUGGUCGGCAGGAUCAUUGGAAAGAAGGGCGAGAAUGUGCGGGACAUUCGCGAUCGACACAGCGUCGACGUGUGGAUCGAGGAUCCCCGUGGCCACAGUACCAGCUGCAGGGUGACGGUCAGCGGGCAGACGCCCGAGGCUGUCAAGGCGGCGCGUGAUGAGCUGGAGUUCAUCACCGUAUCCAUUCCUGUGGAUGGCGAGCAUGUUGGAUGGAUCUUGGGCAAGGGCUACCAGACCAUAACGGACAUUGCCGCAAAGACGAAGCUGCACCAUGCCAGAUACGACGACAAGUCCAAGACACUGGAGCUCUGCGGCUUGCGCAGCCAGGUGGAGGACGCCAAGCUGAUGAUUUCAGUUCACCGAGAAUAUCUUCCAGUGUACCGAGAUAUGGACGAGGAGCAAAAUGCUAUCCAGAUGUCCUUCGACAAACUUGAUGGUGUGGCAAGCACCAAGGGGAAGGGCAAGAAGGGAGAGAAAGGUAAGGAGGGCAAGGGUGAAGGAAAGGAUGAGGAGCCUCAAGAAUCUUCCGGAAAGACAAGGAAAGGCGACGAGAUGCCCCGCAAAGGCUCGAAAGGGGAAGGUAAGGAAGGCAAGGAGGGUAAGGAGGGCAAGCAGGGAGAAGGCAAGGAGGGCAAGGAGGGCAAGGAGGGCAAGGAGGGCAAGGAAGGAAAACAGUGGAGAGAAGGCAAAGAAGGCAAGGACGGCAAGGGUGCGCGCGCCAAUCGUAAGGGUGAAGAGUGGGAGGAUUGGCAUGGCAAGAAGGGCAAGGACGGAAAGGACGGAAAAGGCGGAGGAAAGGAAAGCAGCAAAGAGGGUGGAAAGAGUGGUGGAAAGGACAAGGGCAAGACAUGGAACGAUGGUGGCAAGGACAAAGACCGUGGUGAUGAAGGUAAGGGCCAAGAUGGGAAAGAAGGAAAAGGAGGAAAGGAUGGCAAGGAUGGUGGUGAUGCCAAAGGAGGGAAAGAAGGAAAAUCUGGUAAAACGUACAGAGCCAAGGGAGAAGGAAAGGAUGAAGGGGGGAAGGAAGGAAAGGAAAAAGGUGAGGGAAAAGGCAAAAGCAAGGAGGAUCGCACAGGCGAUGCCGAGUCCCGUGAGGCUGGUAAAAGCGAAAGAGAAGGAAAAGGAGGCACCAUGGUCAAGUUCCGUUCACAAGAGUUGUGCCCGUGUCUUGCUGCCUUGCUGCAGGCAAAAAAGGAAAGGGCAAGGUAG